AUGGCACUUACAGUGGCCCAGAAGUUCGAGCAGGACUGGGCCGACAUGGUGGACGACGAGCCGUUCCUUGGCAAGCCCAGCAGCUCCAACUCGGGAACUGCCCUUGAGUCUCAAGACCGCCCUAUUUCCAACGAGUUGAGCCAGGGGCUGCUCUUACUUGACGUCUGCAAGCCGCCCGAAGCGUGCAAGCCGCCCGCCAAGGCGGCCGCCGCCAUGGGGCAGAGCUACGCGCUGCCGACAGGUGGCAAUACGAGCGGGCUGAUCCCGCGGACGCCCGCAGCCGCCCGCACACCUCUCAGCGCGAAGUCCAAGCCAUUCGCACCGCCGACGUUCGUCCCUGGAUUCUACCUGGCGGCCUCUCCCGCCUGCCAAUGGGGGGUGGCCGUGCCCUUCGGUGCCCCAACCAGCCCCAUGGACAACAAGGGCAAGGCAGGUGUGAAGGCAGGCGAGGACGGAUACACCACUGUGAUGCUGUGCGGCUUCCCUAGGCAGUACAACCGCGACAAGCUAAUCGAUCUGCUGGACUUCCUCGGCUACGCGUGCCAGUUCAACUUCGUCUACUUCCCAAUGGACUUCGAGUACUCGGAGAGCGUUGGGUACGCGUUUGUUAAUAUGAUAACUGCUGCUGAUGCGCUGCGCCUGAAGGAGUUCUUCGACGGUUUCGUUGGCCAUCCGUUCACUGACGACAAGCCCUGCCACACGAACUGGAGCCGGGUGCAGGGUCUAAGCGCAAACGUCAAGCAGUACAGGAACAGUCCCGUCAUGCACAAAUUGGUUCCGGAUGAGUUCAAACCCGUGCUCUUGUGGAACGGGCAGCAGCAGCCUUUUCCAGAGCCCACCGCGGCCCUGAAGCAGCUCAGGCCCCACCGGAAGAAGGAGAAGGAGAAGGCGCAGGGAGACCCGAAGACGCUCAAUGAUUGA